CCCCGCCCCACGCGCCCCUGUCCCGCAUGGCCUGGAACACCGACCUCCGCUGGCGGCUGCCGGCCGUCUGCCUGGCGCUGCAGGCGGCCACGCUGGUGCUCUUCGGUGUGUUCGCGCGCUACGACGCGGACGCCGACGCGCGCUGGUGGGGCGCCCGGAGCCCCGGGAACGGCUCCCGCGACCUGGACAACGAGUUCUACUACCGCUACCCGAGCUUCCAGGACGUGCACGUCAUGGUCUUCGUGGGCUUCGGCUUCCUCAUGACCUUCCUGCAGCGCUACGGGUUCAGCGCCCUGGGCUUCAACUUCCUGCUGGCGGCCUUCGGCAUCCAGUGGGCGCUGCUGAUGCAGGGCUGGUUCCACUCCUUCAAAGAUGGCCACAUCCUGCUGGGCGUGGAGAACCUCAUCAAUGCGGACUUCUGCGUGGCCUCUGUCUGCGUGGCCUUUGGGGCAGUCCUGGGCAAAGUAAGCCCCGUCCAGUUACUCAUCAUGACGUUUGUGCAAGUGACACUGUUCUCGGUGAAUGAGUUCAUGCUUCUCAACCUGUUGUUGGUGAAGGACGCGGGAGGCUCCAUGACCAUCCACACGUUCGGCGCCUACUUUGGGCUCACGGUGACCUGGAUCCUCUACCGCCGCAACCUAGAGCAGAGCAAGCGGCGGCAGACUUCCGUGUACCACUCCGACCUCUUUGCCAUGAUUGGCACUCUGUUCCUGUGGAUGUACUGGCCCAGCUUCAACUCGGCCGUGUCCUACCACGGGGACGCCCAGCACCGCGCCGCCCUCAACACCUACUGCUCCCUGGCGGCCAGCGUGCUGGCCGCGGUGGCCGUGUCCAGCGCGGUGCACAGGAAGGGCAGGCUGGACAUGGUCCACAUCCAGAACGCCACGCUGGCCGGCGGCGUGGGCGUGGGCACCGCGGCCGAGAUGAUGCUCAUGCCCUACGGGGCCCUCCUCGUGGGCGGCCUCUGCGGCGGCCUCUCCACGCUGGGCUUCGAGUUCCUGACGCCGUUCCUCGAGUCGCGGCUGCGCAUCCAGGACACGUGUGGCAUCCACAACCUGCACGGCAUCCCGGGCAUCGUGGGGGCCAUCGUGGGGGCCGUGACCGCGGCCUGUGCCACGCCCGACGUGUACGGGAAAGCGGGGCUUGUCCAUUCCUUUGACUUUGAAGGUUUAAAGCAGAACUGGACGGCGAAGACACAGGGAAAGUUCCAGAUAUUUGGGCUCCUCCUGACUUUGGCCAUGGCCCUGGUGGGCGGCAGCGUCAUGGGGCUCAUUCUAAGAUUACCUUUCUGGGGACAAGCUGCGGAUGAGAACUGCUUUGAGGACAGCGUCUACUGGGAGAUGGAAGAAGAGAAGAGCAGGGCCUUCCCGGAGGACACCACCCUCAAGCCCCCGGCACCUACAGGACCCUCGGGACCUUCAGCAUCCCUAGGACCCUCGGCAUCCUGACCCGAGCCGGGGAGCAGCAGGCGCGGUGUGGCCUGCAGGCCUGUCCCCCCACACACACCCAGGAGGCUGAGGAUGGAGGAAGAGGCGGGUCCUCAAGGGAAGGACUGCCAGCCUGGGGGCGUGGUGGCCUGGUCCUGCACCGGAGCAGGGAUAGAGUGGGGCCUGGGCCUCAGGGUGGAGGAGGCCUCUUAGCUGUCGACCACCCUCCCCUGCUCACCCCCAGCCAGCACCCCAGGCUCCCUGAGGCCCCAGGCCUCGACGCCAUGUAGGAGACAUCCUGUGAAUAAAUGGAGAUGAUCUUUCUA